AUGGCGGGGACCUUCGAACUCGCGACCGGAUUGGAAAGCCCUCCGUUGGCGUUCUUGGUGCCGCUGUUCCAGCUGGGCCCCUGGCUGGUCCUGCUGCUGAUAGGGUGGGCGCUGUACACCAUCGUGAACCCUGUGAAUGACACGGUGCCAGAGGGCCGCAUGCCGAGCCUUGGAGAGUGGCUGGACACGAGAGCGCCCAAGCUCGCGGGGUCCUGGGGCGGCCGCGCCCCACCCUCCGCAGAGGAUGUUGCAGAUGCACGGAGCAAGAUCGCGAAGGCGGACGACUUGAAGCUGGAGACGGUGACGUCGCUGGGUGAGCUUUGGGAGCAGUACACCUUCUGCACUCGCGAGAUCGUGCAGGAGGUCCCGUCGAUGGUAGUGGAGCGCAACUUUCUGGUAUCUACAUUGCUGCAGCUGACCUCCUUCCCGACCACGCUCUCAGACUGGAGCAUUUACGAAGCCUGCGCGCUGGAGGAGCUCGAUGCUGGCCCCAGCGGCACGGUGCUGGGCUCCUUGUCCCAAGACCGCACCACGUUGCCGGACCAGCCGCGGCAGGUCGUGCUGGAGUGUGGGAAGAUGAUCGAAAACUAUGGCCUGAGCCUGCUGAUUCGAACACCAGGUGGCUCCGACAUCAUUGGGGCUUCGGUGCUGCGGGUGAAGCGCCUGCCGGAGGGCUGCCACAUUAGCGACGACAUGGAGGAGGUGCAAUGCACCGUGGAUGCGGACGUUGUCCUGGAUGCGGGCGCUCUGGAGGCGGUGGGCUAUAUCGAGUCCAUUGCAGUGGCCAGACCUUGGCGCGGUGCUGGCCUCGCCUCGAAGCUGCUUAGCUUUAUGGAGGACAAGGCGCAGGCUUGGGGUCUGCGGCUCAUUGCACUACACGUGCACCGGGACAACUGGUCGGCACUACGCUUCUACCAGAAGAAGGGCUUCGAGGUCACUUCGGACUGGCUUGGCUGGGGUGAGCAGUUCUUCUUGCUUCUCAAGCCGCUGUUCAUUUGA